AAACAUGGUCAUAGUGGGACGGAGGGAAUAUUUUUUAGAAAAAUAGUAUGUAUAUACAUUCCCUGAUAAACAUUUACAAAAUAAAUUGUAAAAAUUAGUUGUAAUUGUGUGUGUGUUUUUUUUUUUUUUUUUUUUUUUUUUAAAUUACAUAAAAAAAAUUAAUGACAAAAAAUUUGAACCUAAGACUUGAGACCUUAACCAUUAGCUAUUUGUAAUUGUGUUCUUACUUGUUAGUGACUUGAACACAACGGUGCCCUCAAAUACUACAUAGUAAGCCCGGCGUCCAAAUCAUCCAAAUUCCACUCUCAUAAAUCAUUUCCACUCACUUCAAUUUCAAUUUCUCCCAAAUCUUCUUCGAUCCAAUUCAAUUCCUAUCCGAUCCGCCGAUUAUGAUGAAUAAACGCAUCCCCGAUUGGCUCAAUAGCGCUCUCUGGUCCGCUCCUUCGCCGCAUCAUGACGCUGCUACCGCCGACCUGCCGCCUCCGGCUCCGCCACCGGCCGCCGAGAGACCGCCGCAGCCGCAGGUGUCCUCUCCUGACGCUCACGACGAACGAGAAGGUAGGGAUCCGUUGGGCGGUGUUUCUGAGAAUAAUGCGAGUCCGUGUUGCAGUGAUGAGGAGGAUGGCCGCUCAUCGGAUUAUUCCACGCCUACUGCAGUGGCGUCUCCUGCUGCUAAGGAUGUUACUCGGCAGAAUCAGAUUUUGAACGAGCUGUCAAGGAAGGUUAUAAAUAUAGGCGAAAUGCGGAGACUAGCAUUACAGGGCCUACCUGAUGGAGCUGGUAUUCGUGCAAUGGUGUGGAAGGUACUACUGGGGUAUCUGCCAGCUGAUCACUCGCUUUGGUCUUCAGAAUUGGCCAAAAAACGAUCUCAGUAUAAGCAAUUUAAAGAGGAGCUACUGGUGAAUCCUUCAGAGAUUGCAAGGAGGCUGGAAGAGUCAAGUCCUGAGAACCAUCAACUGGAUACGGGCAGUCCACGAUUCCUCUCAAGAUCAGAGAUAAGUCAUGGAGAGCAUCCCUUAAGUCUUGGGAAGACUAGCAUAUGGAAUCAGUUUUUCCAGGAGACAGAGGUCGUGGAACAGAUUAACCGGGAUGUUAUGCGGACUCAUCCAGACAUACAAUUCUUCUCAGGGGACUCAACUUUUGCUAAAUCCAACCAAGAGGCUUUACGGAGCAUAUUGAUUGUUUUUGCGAAACUAAAUCCGGGAAUAAGAUAUGUGCAAGGGAUGAAUGAAAUCUUGGCGCCAUUAUAUUAUAUCUUCAAAAGUGAUCCUAAUGAGGAGAAUGCGGCUUCUGCCGAAGCAGAUACUUUCUUCUGCUUUGUGGAGUUAUUGAGUGGGUUCCGAGACAAUUUUGUUCAACAACUUGAUAACAGUGUUGUGGGUAUUCGUGCCACCAUUACAAGGUUAUCACAACUUCUAAAGGAUCAUGAUGAGGAGCUCUGGCGUCAUCUUGAGUUCACAUCCAAAGUCAACCCACAGUUUUAUGCAUUCAGGUGGAUUACACUCCUUUUGACUCAAGAAUUUACUUUCGCAGACAGUCUCUUGAUCUGGGACACGCUACUAAGUGACCCUGAUGGUCCUCAAGAAACACUGCUGCGAGUUUGUUGUGCAAUGCUGAUAAUUGUGCGGAAGCGUCUACUUGCAGGCGACUUCACUUCGAAUCUUAAGCUGCUGCAGAAUUAUCCUUCGACAAACAUCAGCCACCUUCUCUAUGUUGCCAACAAGUUGCGGGUUCUCUGAUCAUGCUUCAGAUUUGGAUAUUUCAUUAAAUAUUCUUCUUUCGAUUUCCUAUUUCUUGUAAAACGUACGAGGGAAGUAAUUUAAUUUUGAACACGUACGAAUGCGUUUUUAGAUA